UGACUGCAAGGGGGACUAUAUGCAUAAAUACGCCAAAUCCACUGGGAGAGCAGAGACUUCCAGUUCAGAAGUGACCACAGGUUUCCUACUGGUUGUUUUGUGUGUUCCCACAACAAGAAGGAACAAUGGUCAGCCGAUUUGAACACCCAGCUGGUGGCUACAGGAAGAUUUUUGAGACAUGUGAAGAGCUAUCGGAGCCACUUCCAGCAACAGUCACAGGUAGGAUUCCUUCAUUUCUGAAAGGAAGUCUUCUCCGUUUGGGACCUGGCCUUUUUGAGGUCGGAGAUGAACCCUUCUAUCACCUCUUCGAUGGCCAGGCCCUUAUGCACAAAUUCGACUUCAAGAACGGGCAGGUCACCUACUUUCGGAAGUUUGUCAGAACAGAUGCUUAUGUGAGAGCCAUUACAGAGAAGCGUGUGGUGAUCACCGAGUUUGGCACCUUUGCUUACCCCGAUCCCUGCAAAAACAUUUUCUCCAGGUUCUUCUCUUACUUCAAGGGUGUUGAGGUGACAGACAAUUGCCUGGUGAAUGUUUACCCCGUUGGUGAGGAUUUUUAUGCUGUAACAGAAACCAACUACAUCACUAAAGUCAACACUGAAAACCUGGAAACACUGAAAAAGGUCGAUAUAUGCAACUACAUCAACAUCAACGGAGUGACAGCCCACCCCCAUAUUGAGAGAGAUGGAACUGUUUUCAACAUCGGAAAUUGCAUGGGGAAAGGAGCAACACUGGCCUACAACAUUGUCAGGAUUCCACCCACACAAAAAGAUAAGUCUGACCCCAUUGAGAAGUCCAAGGUGGUGGUCCAGUUCCCAAGUGCUGAGAGGUUCAAGCCCUCCUAUGUGCACAGCUUCGGCAUGUCAGAAAACUACUUUGUCUUUGUGGAGACCCCUGUGAAAAUCAACCUGCUGAAGUUCCUGAGUGCCUGGAGUAUCCGAGGCUCCAACUACAUGGACUGCUUUGAGUCCAAUGAGACCCUUGGGACUUGGUUCCACAUUGCCAAAAAGGACCCUGGAGAGUACAUCGAUCACAAGUUCAGAGGAGCUGCCAUUGGCCUGUUUCAUCACAUCAAUACUUACGAGGACCAAGGCUUUGUUGUGGUGGACCUGUGUGCAUGGAAAGGUUUCGAGUUUGUUUACAACUACCUCUGGCUGGCCAACCUGCGGGCCAACUGGGAUGAGGUGAAGAAGGCAGCCAUGAUGGCACCCCAGCCGGAAGUGCGAAGAUACGUUAUUCCUUUGGACAUCCACAAGGAAGAGCAGGGGAAGAACUUGGUCAGCCUGCCGUACACCACGGCCACAGCAGUGAUGCACUCCGAUGGGACAAUCUGGUUGGAGCCUGAAGUGCUUUUCUCUGGACCUCGCCAAGCCUUUGAGUUCCCUCAGAUCAACUACGAGAGGUACGGAGGGAAGAAUUACACUUAUGCCUAUGGGCUGGGUCUCAACCAUUUCAUCCCUGACAGGAUCUGCAAGUUGAAUGUGAAGACCAAGGAGACCUGGGUAUGGCAGGAGCCUGACUCCUACCCGUCAGAGCCGCUGUUUGUGCAGACCCCUGAUGGUGUAGAUGAGGAUGAUGGUGUGCUGCUGACCAUUGUGGCGGCCCCUGGUUCCCAGAGACCAGCGUUCCUCCUCAUCCUCAAUGCCAAGGAUCUGUCUGAGAUUGCCAGGGCAGAAGUGGACUGCGGCAUUCCUGUCACCUUCCACGGGAUGUACAAACCCUAAUGUGGCAUUUCUCAGGGCACAAACUUUAAUCAUCCAUUCCAGGGAAUCAGCUCUCACUCUGCAUUAGAACAAGAAUAAAGGAUGACAAAGUCCCAUCAAGGUCGAUCAGCCAACACGAUUUCAUGUUCUGUUGUGUGGGCAACUUUUGAUUCAGGGUGGUUGUGAAAAAUCUUAACAGUGUGUACAUGGAAACUGACGAUGAGUCACAGACUCCAAUAUGAUUUCCCUACCCUGUAACCCAACUUGGUAAAACCACAUACUGGAAUUUGCAAGUAUGAAUUGUCAAGACAAUGUCAAUGUUGUGCCAAUAAUGAAAAUAAAAUGAUUUGUUUGUUCCUA